CGCGAUUGUAAACAAACGGUGUGCGGUACGAUUUUCCCACAAACGAGCAGAAAUAAUGCAAACCAGCAUGGCAAAGCUUCGAACCCAAACGCCACUCUAUGGACAGCUCGUUAUAGGACCGCCCGGUGCCGGUAAAACUAGCUACUGCCAUAAAAUGCAAACAUUUCUUGAAAAAAUUGGACGUAAAGCAAUGGUCGUGAAUCUGGACCCUGCCAACGACAACAUGCAGUACACCAGUGCCGUCGACAUAAUGCAGCUGAUCACGGUGCAGGACGCGAUGGAACAGUUUGGGCUUGGGCCAAAUGGAGCGCUCAUCUAUUGCGUGGAGUUCCUGGAGACAAACUUUCAAUGGUUAUUGGAUCAACUGAAAAGUCUCGAUAGCAAUUACUUCAUCUUCGACUGUCCGGGUCAGGUGGAACUUUUCACCCACAACAAUGCGUUGAAGAAUAUUUUCGCCAAGCUAGAACAACUAGGAUACCAUCUCUGCACGGUGCAUUUGGUGGAGUCACAUUACUGCACCGAACCGUACAAAUUCAUUUCGUGCCUAUUGCUUUCCCUGCACACGAUGCUACAAAUGGGAUUACCGCAUGUGAAUGUGCUCAGCAAAGCGGAUCAACUAAAGGAACAAGAUUCGAAGCUUCCGUUCAAUGUGGAAUACUACACAGAAGUGCUGGAUCUUAGCUACCUGCUAGAGUGUAUGGACACGAGCCAGAUGGGGAAAAAAUUCAAACAGCUAAACGAGGCAAUCGUGUCCAUGGUGGAAGAUUACAGUUUGGUGUCGUUCCUGUUGCUCGAUUCGAAGCGCGAGCAGAGCCUGCUGAGACUUAAGAAUGCUAUCGAUAAGGCGAAUGGAUAUGUGUACGGUGCUGGCGAGGAGAAAAACGUCAACACACUGCUGGCGUGUGCCGUUGGUGCUGAGACGGAGUCGGAUCGAAUGGAGCGAGACAUCGAUCCGUACCUAAGCUAAUACAGGCGAUCCGUCGAUAUUAAAAACAAAUACUCUUCCAUUUAUUUGUUCGUUCUCCUGCUUCCGAAAGCAGUCAAUCUGCAGUAGAAUGAUCGUGUAGGGAGAUUUAGACCAAAUUAGGCCGCUUGACUUGUCCGGCAAACAGGAUCGUCCGUUGCUGUCUAUUAACGAUCAUAAAACCAAACGGUCGGUUAGCCAAAAAGCGUGGCGGUGUUGCCUUAUUGGCAAAGACACCGGUCGUUACGGCGGCCGUCAUUGUGCCCUCCUCGUUGACAACUAUUUUGGUUUGCUGUAUAACGCUGCUAAUGUAAAUGGCGUUCAGUUCGGAGAUUUUACCAAAGUUGGCCGCCCCAGAAUCGAAUGCUUCUUUGAUACCCAUCUGAAAAAAUAGCAGAGAUAUUAGAAAGAAAAAAACUUGAAAUCCUUCACAGAGCCUCAAUCCGUCACACACCUGAUUCAAGAUGGGUAUCAAAUUAUAGUCUGAGUUAAACUCGAAUCUUGGCAAAUGCACCUCCACCUCGUCGUCAUCAAAAUCUACCAAGCUACGGUCGAGCUCUUCAAAAACACGAUCAACGCCAUAUUCAGUCAACUUGCGGACAACU